GUUACCAUCAAACUCUCUUCCACUAACUUUCUUCUCUUGAAAAGUCAAGUGUUUCCCAUGCUCAGUGCCUUUGAUUUGCUUGGAUAUGUUGAUGGUUCAGUAUCUGUUCCUCCAAAGACCAUCUCACUAAUUCCGUUGAAAGCUCAAACCCAGCUUAUGCAUCAUGGCGGACCAUAGAUCAAAAAAAAUCUUGGAGUUCUCUUCUCCACCUUGACCUAAGAGUCUAUGGCAGAGGUUGUCGGUUGCUCAACUUCUCGUGUUGCCUGGCUCGCUCUCGAAGCAGCGUUCUCUCCCUCCUCUACUGCCCGGGCUAAUCAACUCAGGGAUGAAUUGCAAUCCCUCCGCCGUGGCUUUCUCUGUCGAACAAUACGGCCGUCAAUUCAAAAAUCUUUGCAAUAAAUUGUCUGAAAUUGGCCGCCAGGUGGAAGAGCCGGACAAGUCUCACUGGUUCCUCAAUCCUCCUGUACACGACCGUCUGCCUCAAGCUCAACAGUACGACCUAUUUCUUCGCACCAUGGAGGGAUCUGCUUCUGCUCCUGCUGCGUUCUACAGUUCCCAUCAACGCGCUCGCCACCGCUCUUUCACCGGCCGUGGCAGUUCUGGUAACUCUCAUGGCGGUUCUUCCUCCAGUAAUCCUACUGGAGCACGCACUAAUGUUACCGGCAGCAGUGGAACACACAAGCCUUUCGUUCCUAGAUGUCAAAUUUGUCGUGGGCCACACUUUGCUGAUCAGUGUCCCCAAUUUCUUCAAGCUAGGUCGACCUCUCUCCCUUCUACAACAAAUCUGGCCCAAGCUUUCACCAGUUCGUGCAAUGUUACCAAUCCCGCUUCAGAUUGGUAUGUUGAUACCAGUGCAAGUGCCCAUAUGACAUCUCAAACUUCUCUUUUGGAUCAACAUGAGCCCUAUUCUGGUAAUGACAGUGUCGUAAUUGGUAAUGGCUCCAAUUUACAUAUUUCUCACAUUGGCAUCUGCUCUUUAUCCCCCGAUCUUUCGUAUGCUUGAUGUGUUGGUCGUUCCGCAUAUCACGAAAAAUCUUUUAUCUAUUAGCAAACUCACAUCUGAUUAUCAUGUUGAGGUUAUUUUUUCUAACAAAUUUUUUACCAUUCAACAUCGGGAGACAAAGGUGCCUCUAGCUCAGGGACGAUGUGAUCAAGGGUUAUACGUGUUGGAGCGUGGUCAUUCUGCCUUGGUGGCUCGUUUGAAAAGCUGCAAGUUAAAAGCUUCUUGUCAUUUAUGGCAUUUACGGUUGGGGCAUGUCUCAUUUCAUUUGAUUUCCCUUUUACAUAAACUCGGACAUUUGGAAGUUACUUCAAUUUUACCUAAUCUCGGUCUUUGCACGUCAUGUCAAUUAGCUAAAAGUAAACGUCUUCCUUUAGCUUUAAAUGACAAACGUGUUAAUGCUAUAUUAGAUCUUGUUCAUUGUGAUUUAUGGGGGCCGGUACCUGUGCAAUCCCAAGACGGGUACCGCUAUUAUGCUCUUUUUGUGGAUGAUUAUUCUCGCUUUUCAUAGCUAUAUCCUUUGCGGGCCA